AUGGCAUCAUCUAUCAUCCCUCGUCACUACUGUUCCAACUUUGCCUCUACCCCCAUUUUGUUUCACUCCAAUACUCACUCUAAGCCUCUUAAUUACUCUUUUUCUCAUACCAAUCUUGGACUAAGAAGUUUCACUACUCGUUGCUCUUACCAACCACCACCAACCCAUCAUUCUCAAUUCGAUGAUAAACAUAAAGGGAAGUCAUUUUGCUUCAAGCAAAGUGUGAUAUCUAUAGCACUUGCGGUCGGGUUAAUAACGGGAGUUCCUACGUUGGGAUGGCCUAAUGAUGCGCAGGCAGCUAACUCUGCGUUAUCUGAUCUGUCUGUAUUGAUAUCUGGACCGCCGAUUAAGGACCCUGGGGCAUUGUUGAGAUAUGCGCUUCCUAUUGACAAUAAGGCGAUUAGAGAAGUGCAAAAACCGCUCGAAGAUAUUACAGAUAGUCUCAAGAUUUCUGGUGUCAAGGCACUUGACUCUGUCGAAAGAAAUGUGAGGCAAGCAUCUCGAGCUCUCAAGCAAGGGAAGACUUUAAUUGUAUCGGGUUUAGCUGAGUCAAAGAAAGAACAUGGAAUUGAACUACUUGAUAAGCUGGAAGCUGGUAUCGAUGAGUUUGAACUGAUACUACAAGAUAGAAAUCGAAGCUCCGUUGGACCAAAACAGAAAGAACUUCUUCAAUAUGUUGGAGGUAUUGAAGAAGACAUGGUUGAUGGAUUUCCAUACGAAGUGCCCGAGGAAUACCGAAACAUGCCUUUAUUGAAAGGGAGGGCAGCUGUAGAUAUGAAGAUCAAGAUUAAAGACAAUCCGAAUGUGGAUGCAUGUGUUUUCCACAUAGUUCUCGAUGGUUAUAAUGCCCCUGUAACUGCAGGCAAUUUUGUCGACUUGGUAGAAAGACACUUCUAUGAUGGCAUGGAGAUUCAAAGAGCGGACGGGUUUGUUGUCCAAACGGGUGACCCUGAAGGUCCUGCCGAGGGUUUUAUCGAUCCUAGUACCGAGAAAAUAAGGACUGUACCUUUAGAGAUUAUGGUAGAGGGGGAAAAGGCUCCUGUUUAUGGAGAAACUCUAGAGGAGCUUGGUCUAUACAAGGCUCAGACAAAGCUUCCGUUUAAUGCGUUUGGGACAAUGGCAAUGGCAAGAGAGGAAUUUGAGGACAACUCCGGCUCUAGCCAAGUAUUUUGGUUAUUGAAAGAAAGUGAGUUAACUCCGAGCAAUGCCAAUAUAUUGGAUGGUAGAUAUGCUGUUUUUGGCUAUGUAACAGAAAAUGAAGAUUUAUUAGCAGAUCUUAAGGUUGGUGAUGUCAUAGAAUCUAUUCAAGUUGUUUCUGGUUUAGAUAAUUUGGUGAAUCCAAGUUACAAGAUUGCUGGUUAA